GGACUGGCCAUUACUGGUACCAGCAGUACUAGAGAAUGAAGAAAUUCUGGCCUCAGUCCCAGAAAACCUUGUCAAAGAAGUUAAGAGACAAGCUGGUGAUUUCCAAUAUGACACAGUUGCUGAAAGACUUGUGUUUACUGGGCCAAAUGGAAACGAGUCUUCACCCUUUAUCCCAUUCUUGUACCAUGCAGAAUUACUUGAUGUGCUUCAUAAGGAGUAUGGCCAUCAGGGUGUCCAUGGUAUGCUUGACUUGCUCAGAGGAUGGGGUUAGUACCCUGGACAACAAAAAGAUUGUGAGACAUAUUGUCGGACAUGUCCACAAUAUCAAAUCUUCUCCAAUCCAAGGAAAUGACAGGAGUUUGAAGAACAACACCCGCUUCCACCAGUUGAACCAUUUGAGCAAUGGGGGAUGGACUUCAUCGGAAUGCCAGAGACCAGAGACGGUCACAAGCAUAAAUGGAUCUUGACGAUGGUCGAUCAUGCCACGGGCUGGCCCAUUGCAAUUCCGAUGCGAAAGGCCAGAGGCCAACGAGUUGCCGGGGAGAUUUGGGACCAGAUCGUUAUGCACUAUGGAGUGCCAAGUGAAAUCCUCACGGACCGUGGAAAGAACUUCCUUGCUCCGGUUGUGUCUGAAUUCCUGAAGAUUGCAAAGAUCAGACGGUUGACUACUUCAGGAUAUCAUCCAAUGGGAUCCUUGAGUCGUAUCUCAAGAAGAUGAAUACCACAGGAGAUCCGACUCGAUGGAACGAAUUUCUUGAUGCUGCACUAUUUGCAACUCGAGUCCGACAGCAAACCACAGCCAAGUGGUCACCAUUUGAGUUGUUGUAUGGUCGAAAGCCUCGGUUGCCAUUUGACCAGCCACUUCUCCGUGCCCCAGAUGCUGCACUCCCAGGGGAUGCAGAGCACUCGGAACAGCACUUGCAAAUGCAGAAGGCUCGAGAAGAAGCUUCAGAGCAAGGCACUAUCCGUGCACUUGCAGACAAAGAGCGGUGGGAUCACCAACUCAAUAUCGGGACGGAAGGUACACAGCAGCCUUUUGAGGUUGGUCAAAAGGUGCUGAUCCGGAAUGAAACUGCAAACAAGGGUGAUGCACAUUGUUUCGGACCAUUUGUGAUCAGACCAGGCUUGGUGAAUGGAAACCGUCUUCGACUUGCUCAUCUCCGAGAAGAUGAUACAAACCAUCGGGCUUGGGUCUUGCCAAAGGCAACACAACGGCAGUGGUCGAAGGAAGACAAGGAAGCCGCUUCACAGGCUGUUGUCCGUGCCAUGCCUUCAAUACGAAUUAUCCGUCGCUUUGCCAAUCCAAAUACCGGGUCUGCACCAGUCACGGUUACAGAAGACAAAACCAGAUCUGCACCAGUCACGGUUGCAGAAGACAAAGCCCAGUGUGCACCAGUCACGGUUGCAGAGGACGAAUCACAGAAUACACAGUGAACAGUUAUGCCAAGAUGGAGAUCAUGACCCAUGGGUCAAGAUCACGGAAUUCCGCAAACUGUUCCAGUGAAACAAAGGCCACAGACUCGAUUCUAAACCGAUAACACAAACAAUACCCCAAGACUGCAGGUCUUGGGUUACAAUCCUCCAGACGGAGGUCCGAUUCCCUCAACCUGAAGCCCCGGAGCAACCCAAACAGUCGCCUGCACAGAUGUGCGAAGUUAGUAAAUCCGAUGCAAAAGGUGGUCCACUGAUUGCAUAUGCAUGUCCAGUCCUCCAGAUGGAGGUCCAGAAUGCAGUACACACCAGCCUUACCAGGACGCACCAAAACUCGAAGCAAUCCCGGCAGACGACAGACACAGAGCAGAGCCAGAAAGCAAAUUCCGUCUCAAAAUCACAAAAACCCAUCCAUCCAGCCCAAGAACAGCUCAGAUCAGCCCAGAAACCAGCCAGAAUCAUCUCC